CCCAAUACUACCCAAUACUACGUGCCAUUUCAGUCCAUCUGCCAAUGAGUUUUGGACUACUGCUCACUGUAUAUUAGAUUUGGUUGGAGGACGGGAACCUGCCCUUUGUUGGUGGUGUAGGAAAGGCAGACAUACUUUGUGAUGGCCAAUUAUGGCCAUACACGUGUGCGAAGACCACCACCAUCUGGAAACACAGGCAAUGGAAGAGAGUAGACUGAUACAGAGCUACCAGAAAUCCUUCGUCCUGUUUUCACCAGAUCGACGUAUAGAAUUCCCACGGGUUCUGUCCUUUCUCCAUGCCAGCAAUCGUUGCUCUUCCACAUCGAGGCUCAAUCUCCUUACAUUCAUUCGGGGCCAUAAGAAAUAAGGACAACCAUAUAGGCACCUAGCGUAGUAAAUGAACGGCAUUCAAAACUGACAUGGACAAAGUCAUGGAGCGCCCAGUUACUCAGAAUCGUCUCGCAAGUGGAGACGGCAAUGGCGAAAACGAGGGCAACUUUGUUGGGGCAUGCAUCUCAGACCAGGACUUUGGGGAGUGUCUGGUCGACACAGAUACCGAUACCGAUAAUUCCACACUUCCGCUAACGCGCCGGUGGGCCUGGUACUGCAAACCCAAAUCAUGUCCCGACUACUUCGCAGCUUGGUCGUGCAAGAGUAACUUUCUACCUCAUUUGUAUGAGACGCCGAUUCACCGAGAGGAUGCGACAUCGAGAACACGCGAGGGUCACCGCAAUUUUGCAAAGACUUGGAGGGAAGAGACAGCAUACAACCUCAGUGAACUAAAGAACCAACCGUCCGAGGGAGACAAUGACACGGUGAAAGAGAUGCAGUGCGUCGUAGGCGCGGACAAGAAGUAGCUGUGACGAAGCCUCUCGAGUGCAAUUUCACUCAUCUAGCCGAAAUCAGCUACGUAAAAUAAUAUAUAAUACUUGGAACAGUUCUUUGAGUCUGAAAUCUCAUGUUUGCGAGUCUCGUUGCUGAUUGAACUCGCAGGAAGAGGGAUAAUGAUCUGGACCGGAAAUGUUAAGAGAUGUUGAGAACAGUGCAAAGAGAAAGGGUUUAGUGGGGUGACGCAGCGAUUCAUCGCGGCAAGCCUAGACAUCAGCUACUAUAUUAUACGGAGCACAAGCGGGCAAACAUGCUGCGGAGCCAUGGUCUUUGAUAGCCAUAUUGCUUCUGAGGAGGUGGUUUCUCUAUCUAUAUAAUCUAACGAGUUCUGUUGUCGCAGGCCAAGGCAUGAGCUCUAGGAGUCAAGGCUACAAACUGCAUUAAUGAUCUUGCCGUGACUCUCGUAUAUCUGUAGGGCCGGGGAACCAGCUAGAA